AUGGAAGAGCUAGUCGGGCAAGCAGUGGACGAAUGUGGGUUGGCGGGGAGGCAGGGGCUGUCUCUGCAGCAGCUCUUCGAUCGCCUCGAGCUGUCGAGCGGCAUCUUCCUCGCUCCCUACCUUCGUCAGAGGCUUGAGAGGCGCCUCCAGUCCAUGCCGUGCAUCUCCAUGGAGGAGAGGUCCUCUCAUGGCAACCAGUGCGUGUGGCUCGUCGCCGACAGCAACACUCGCCUGGCCUCUCUGGGGAUCACAGAGGCAGUAGCGCUGCAGGACGCGUCGUUGCGCAUCCUAGAGAGCAUCGCGGGCUACAGGCAGAACGGAGUGUUGCAGAGCGAGCUUUCGAAGCUGGUGAUGAUGGACCCGAAGACUCUGUUCCAUCACAUGAAGCCCUUGAAGGCGAGGAAGCUGCUGGUUGUCAAGCAGGUCUCAGUGAGUGGGACGGGGGAGGCUCAGUCAACCCUUCGCACCAACCUCCUCGUCCUCCCGCGGUUCGCUCAGAGCGAGGAGUUCUACUUGGCGCAGGGGGUCUCGCUGCUGGAGGACUUGAAGCCGCUGGAAGAGAGGACUGUGCAGCUGUUGGAGGCAACGCCCGACAGUCUUCUUCCGGAGAUCAAGCUGAAGAAGCUGUUGUUGUCCAGCCAAGAAUUCUCCAAGGCCAAAGUCCACCACUUGUGGGAGAGGAUCCGGCGGAACCUCGAGAAUUCUGGUAGCGUUGAGAGGAUCCUCGUGGUGAGAGGAGGAGAGGAGGAGGGGGAAGCAGCCAAAGCGAACGCCUCUGGCAAGGUCUCUUGCCUUCGGCUAGUCAGAAACGAGGAGCCCGCUGCGUCGAGUGAAGGGAGCCCGGUCCUCCAGGUGCCGCUGGUCCAGCAAGAGCUGCGGAUGAUAAGGGCAGCGGGAGCGAGUGGGAUUCUGCACACGGAUCUUGCGAGGACGCUCGGGGUAGAAAUCAAGGUGUCUUACAACCUCGUCCUUACGCUCGCCUCGUCCUUCGGCGUCAAGCUGAAUGCGGAGAACAACGGGAAGCAGAUGCACUACAGGUUGCUGAUGCAGGAGGAGGAGGGGGGGAGAGAGGGGGUUGCUCCCCCUGGUAGCGCUGUGAAGCUUCUCCCCAACGAUGAAGAGCCGCCCAAGGCCGAGGACGCGCAAGGUCCAACCGGUGGAUGCUGCCCACCUGUGGAGGGAAGGAUCAGCCGAGAGUCGGUCAUGUCACAUCCCAGCUGGGACGGGUCAACGGUGACCAAGCAGGUGAUCGUGCGUAGCAAUGCGCUGCUGGAGCAUUUGGGCAAGGUGAAGGCGAUGCUGGUGUCUGACAUCCGUCCCUUCCUCCGCUCCGUCGACAACAAGAUCGCACGAGAGGAUGGCAAGGCGAGUGUGACGGUGGACGGCAAGACGGUGGAUCGACUUGUCUCGAUGCUCGUGUCUCUCGGCCACAUCUGUCGCAAGACAUACGAGGGAGAUCGGGGAGGAGCAGGAGCAGGAGCAGGAGCCGAUGGAGUUGGCGGUGUCGGAGGAGGAGGAGGAAGGAAGUCAGCAAAGGCCAUUGAUCUCAUCUUCGUCCCCGGUACAGACCUGAGAGGACAGGAAGUCGUGGCCGCACUCAACGUCAACCCCUAUCAGUACCGGGACGGGGAGGAGAGGCAGGUAGUCCGCUACCUCCUCUCCCCCGAGGACCUCCGGCGAGCCCCCAAGUCCGGCGACUCUUCCGCUCACCAUCUCGGGAAGCUCCUUAACGGCUUCUCCUCCUCCAAGCUGAUGCAGCUCUACGCCUUCCACCGCUUCCUCUUCCGAAGAUUCCUGGCUGCUGCUGCGCCUCCUGAUCCUCCUGCCGCCGCCGCCGCCGCCGCUGUCGCUGUCGCUCCUCUUCCUCCUGCCGCUUCUCCUCCUUCGGGCCUCCAGUGUCCGAGCGUGAAGUCGCUGAGGUACGAGGAGAUAGUGCAGGGCAUGCCGCUCGUCGUCUUCCUCCAAGUCAUCGGCUGCCCGCACGCCAUCCCAGGGCUGAACGAGCUGAUGGAGGAGGAGACGACGGUCGGAGGAUGCGGGGGGGAAGUGCAGCAGAAGCUGGAAAGUUCCUCAGCGCGCGUCCUCAAGAAGGUGAAGGAGUUUGUCUCUCAGCUCGCACGCGUCGGCUUUGCGUCCGUGCUCCUUGAGACGAGGUCGAUCUCGGACGAGGGGGAUGUGGAGGAGGCGACGGAGGUCGUGCGACUGCACUCGCUCGUCGACUUGAGCUUCAUCGUCGGCAGCGGAGAAGGCGCGAGUAGCAGCGAAAAGAUGCAGCUGGAGAGUGCCGCUGACCUCGACGAGCUCUGGCGGAGGAUCGCAAUGAUGUGCGGGUCGUCGCAGCUGUCGUUCCUCCUUCAGAGGGAUGGGAGGGAGGAGAAGGGGGAAGAGAAGGAGAAGGAGGAGGGGAGGGAAGAGCAAGGGGGAAUGCAGCCGGGAGAGAAGGAGGGGCUAUGGAUGCUGUCCCGCAGGCACUGGGAGACCGCGUUUGCUAAAGAGGAGGAUCACAAACUUCUGAUCGACAAGGAGAUGGACAGCAUGACGGACGUUGCUGUUCCCGACCAGGCGCUCCUUCGACCCUCGCAGUCCUCCCUCUCCUCCUCCCCCGAUGCCGUCGCCUUCGUCUCCAAGCUCGCCUGCCUCCUGACCAUCUCCAAAGAGUCGAUCGCAAGAUUCUUCAGCAAGGUCCCUCACGUCUCCUUCCCCUUCGAUGCGCCGUUUCAGCGCACGAGAGCAGCGAGCUUCCUUGCUCCGACGGCGAGGAGGACGGGGCUGAAGACCGUUUCUAAGAAGAACAACCUGCGGGCGCAGGGAGAGGGAGAGAGGAAGAGACCGAUAGUGAGGGACAGCAGGAAGGUCAGAAACGCUCUCCAGCACCUCCGCAAGCGAUCGACGCCAGAGACCCAGCAGCAAGUUGAGGAGCAGGAGGCUGCUGCGGGGCCGGGGGCUGAGAAGGAAGAUGGGGAGGAGAUGGAGAUGAGCGAUGGGGAGGAGACAUCCCUCGCUGACGACAAGGUGGUCGUGCUGCCGAGGAGGAGGAAGCGAGCCAGAACCUCGUGGGGGCUGAACGAGGAGAUGGAGCUGGUGUUCAUGUACGCGCAGGUGCUCGAGGCGUACAUUCAGGAGCAGAAGAGGAAAGAAAUGUCGCGGGAGGAGGCAGAGGAAGGAGCAAGACGGAGAGGAGAGGAGGAGGGAGCAAGGCAGGGAGAGGAGGAGGAGGCAGGGAAGCUGCAAGAGGAGGAGGAAGGGAUCCAGCGAAGGCACUGGGCUGAAGUGGGAGAGGCGAUGGAGAGGGGAACGCGGAGCAUCUGA